AUGAGCUCGCGCAAACUACAGCAGGAGUUCGACAAGCUCCAGAAAAAAGUCGCCGAGGGCUUGCAGCAGUUCGAGGAGAUCUACGAGAAGAUCGGCGUCACGGAAAACCCCAGCUUGAAGGACAAGUUGGAGGGCGAUUUGCGCAAGGAAAUCAAGAAGUUGCAGCGCAGCCGCGACCAGGUCAAGCAGUGGCUGGGCGACAGCAGCAACAAGCUCGACAAGCAGGUGUUGCUCGACACGCGGUCGCGGAUCGAAAACGCCAUGGAGCGUUUCAAGGAGGUGGAGAAGGUGUCCAAAAUGAAGCAGUUUUCCAACGAGGGCUUGGAGUUGCAGACCAAGUUGGGCGCCCGCGGGCUCGACGAGGCGCGCAAGAACGACGCGGCCAAGUACGUGGUGGACGUGUUGGACGAGUUGGGCCGCCAGAACGAGCUCUUGCAGGCCGAGAUGGCCCAGCACUCGCACAAAAAGCGCCUGGCCGCGGCCCAGGCGGCCCACGCGGACGCGGCCGCCAAGUUCGAGCGCAACAGCAGCCACGUGCUGCGCUUGGAGCUCGUGUUGCGCCACUUGGAGAACCACCAGCUCGAGCCCGAGAAGAUCGACGAGAUCCGCGACGACUUGGACUACUACGUGGAGAACAACCAGCUGUCGGACUUUGUGGAGUACGACGACUUCUACGAAGUGCUCCAGCUCAGCGAGCCGCCGGCGGAGGCGCCGCACGUGGCGCCGGAAGUGCCGGCGGAGCUGCCGGCCACGCCCAGCCCGAGAAAGGCCCACGCCGCCGCCGCCGACAAGCGGCCCGCGGACCACAAGCGGGCGCCCGAGCUGCUGCCGCGCAAGAAGGCCAUGACCCACGCGGCCGCGGCCGCAGCCUCAGCCAAGGCGCCCGCGCCGCCAGCGGCCGCCGCCGCCGACAGCCCGGUGGCCACGCCGCACGCGUCCCCCCUGCCCGUGCACGGCAAGCCGCCGCGGACCGCCGCGCCGUUCUGGGACAACUCCGCCGGCAUCGCGGCGCUCGCGCACAACCGCUUGCACCAGCCGGCGCCCUUCCCGGCCAUCAGCCGGCAGCUCGAGGCGUCGUUGCUCAACUGCCCGGACUCGUUCGACCUGGAGCGGCCGCGCCAGUACAGCCCGACCAACGUGCACCCGUCGCUGGUGGACUACCCGCAGGAGCCCAUGUACGAGUUGAACUCGGCCACGCUCAUGCGCAAGUUCGACACGGACACCUUGUUCUUCUGCUUCUACUACAACGAGGCGCAGGACGCGUUGGCCAAGUGGCACGCGGCACGCGAGUUGCUGCGCCGCGGCUGGGUGUUCAACCUGGCGACCAAGCAGUGGUUCAGCAAGGAGGACCGCCCGAAGUCGCGCUCGGUCUUGGGCGCGCUCCACAACGGCGACCGCGCCGCCGCGGCCAGCUUCCGCUACUUCGACUACGAGAACAGCUGGUUGGUGCGCCACAAGGACAACUUCGCGUUUGACGCCGAGUUGCAGUGGACGUUCUAG